CUUUUGGCAACACUGAUGAGAAGAAUUGUACACUGUGGCUGGCGCUGAAGCUCCUCACUAAAGUCUUUGUAUUGAUGACAAUGCACGAUGAGUGCCCUUGUUGGCUACGAAAGUAGCAGCGAUGAAGAAGAGGUGCCAAUACCUAAGGCUCCAACAACAUCAGAGCGCAACAGGGAGGCUACCCACUUUACGGUAGUUAAGCCUCGUGAACGGAGUAACAACGAGACGCUCGCACCUCCGUCGAAUCUAGCCUCAGGAGCAAGCCCUGUAGGCGCUGAUGUUGGGCCUAUGCUAGGUCCUUCAAUGCCGGAACAUAUGGGAAGUGACACCGAGCAAGAUCCUUUGUCCGAACUACAACAAUCCAUGGCUGAGCGAGAUAUAAUCCACCACCUUACGGCGGCAUCACACCCCAUGACGUCGCUGCCUCCUUCUCCACCCGGGUCACCGAAUCCAGCUCUUGAAGCCAAAUUCAAGCAAUUUCUCGAGCUGAAGGCAAAAGGUGUACACUUUAACCAAGACCUGGCACGAAAAGCAACUUUUCGCAACCCGAGCCUUCUUCCUACCUUGAUGGUCCGGAUAGGGCUGGAGGAAGAUGAUCAAUACAGGACUUCUCUGCCCCAAGAAGUCUGGGACUCUUCAGCCUUUCCUCCCUCAGUCUAUAAAGAAGGCCUCCUUCGAAGCCAACAAACUCUACGCGAGCAGGAGGCGGCAAACAAGAAGAGUCUGUCGGCUUCAGGGAAAAGAACGAUCGAAUUCACGUCUGGGGCGACAUCUGGAAACACUAGCCGAGAUUCAACCCCAGGAAUGCCACAUAAGCGGAGACGACCUUGAUCGUGGAUUGACUCAGUCCGGAUUGAUGUUUCGGAUGAUAUCAAAGCCGACAACAGUGACCGACAAUCCUGUCACAGCACUUGCCCAGACAAGCUAUUGGACGGCAUUGACCUGCGGGAAUCUUGACUACUUGGUGGUGCCAGCUCAUACUCAGCGCAACCAUUUGGGGGAAGAAAGAAUCUAAAGGGGGGUACCACUUCCCACUCUAAGUGGUUGACGAGAUCUCAGUCGGUGUGAACAAGUUCGUGAAGUCACAGCGGACCGUUUAAGGCCGCAUUAAUUGGAUACACGUCAGGCCAAUCACACGGAAGGACUGGUUGGGCUCGGGUUCCUGCAGCUGAAACGACUGUCAGUUUUCGCUUCGGGCUGGAGCCAGAUUGAUGAAUCUGGGCACUCUGACCAGCUAUUCUCUGCAGCGUUCAGCAAGGGGAAGGAGAAAAUCAGCGUCAUGAAUGAACAGAUGAUUUUUGAUCGCUCGGACUUUCAGGGUCCGUAUCCUGAUCGACGGUGUG